AUUAUUUGUCUUAUUGACAUGGCCUACGAGUAAAAAAGCUGCUCUGAAAUCAGUGUGUGUUAGUGUUACAGCAUGGAUGCUCACAAAACGACUCUGCUUUUUGGGUUUUUCCUUUAUGCAGGUCUCUUUCAAGUCCAGACGCAGAGUGCAGAUUUAGAUUCGUACGUUAAAACAGAUGGCGCUUGGAUUUUCACGUUGCAAAAAAGAGCGUACAUUACAGCAAAGGUGGAGGAAUGUGCACUAAAGUGUGAUGUAGAAACACUGUUCACAUGCAGAUCUUUUGUUUUCAUCGAGAAAGAUCAGGAAUGUUUUACAAUUCCAGCUAACUCUAAGACAGAGCAGGUGUAUCGGAGAACGAGUACAGCUCUGUUUGAAAAGAAACGUUAUUUACUCGAUUGUUUGAACGGCGUCGGUAGCGACUACAGAGGGACACAAAGCAGGACAAAAUCAGGAAAACUGUGUCAGCGCUGGGAAGCUCUGUUCCCUCACAAGCCAAACAUCUCGCCCAAGACGCACCCGAAAGCUGACCUGGAGUCCAAUUACUGUCGAAACCCAGACGGAGACAGUCAGGGCCCCUGGUGCUACACCACAGACAUAAAUAAGAGAUGGGAGCACUGUUCCAUUCCCAGCUGCAGUGAAGAAUGCAUGUACUGUAGUGGAGAAAACUACAGAGGGAAGAUCUCCAUCACUGAGGGAGGAUUCACCUGCCAACAAUGGGACUCCCAGAAACCCCAUAAUCAUGGAUACAAUCCCAAUGUUUUUCCUGAGAAGUACUUGGAGGAGAACUACUGCAGAAAUCCAGAUGGAGAACCCAGACCUUGGUGUUUCACUACAAAUCCAUCCAAACGCUGGGAUUUCUGCUUGAUCCCUCGCUGCACGACCCAGCCUCCAACCACUGCACCAGAGGUCACCUGUAUUACAGGAGACGGGAACUCUUACAGAGGCACUCUUGCUGUGACCAAAUCAGGGAAAACUUGCCAAUCAUGGUCAUCUCAGUUUCCUCAGAAGCAUUCAAGAACACCAGAGAACUACCCGUGCAAAGAUCUGGACAAUAACUACUGCAGAAACCCUGACAACGAGAGGAGCCCCUGGUGUUACACCACCGACCCUGAAACCCGCUGGGAGUACUGCAAUAUAUCGAGCUGUGGUGCUGAGCCACACCCAGAUGAACCAGUUAUUGCUCCAGCUGAGGACUGUUACACAGGAAACGGCAGCUCAUACCGUGGGGUCAUGUCAGAGACCAUCACUGGGAAGAAGUGUCAGUCUUGGAGCUCUAUGAACCCUCAUAAACAUUCAAAGACACCACAGCAAUUCCCCAAUGGAGACUUGAGAAGAAACCUGUGCAGGAACCCUGAUGGUGACAGGGCUCCAUGGUGCUACACCACUGACCCCACUGUACGCUGGGAGUACUGUAAGAUAGAGCGCUGUGGUAGCAUUCCUCCAACUCAGACCAAUCAGGGUGUGCGUCCUCCCCCGAUCGUCAUACAACAGGCUCCUCCUUCUAUAAAACCCACAGAAAAAGAAAAUGAAGAUUGCAAGAUCGGCAUCGGAGAAGAUUAUCGAGGUUCGAUAUCGAUUACUGCAGAAGGAGUAACCUGCCAAGCAUGGAGUGCAACAACGCCCCACAUGACCAACUUUAAUGAUAUGACGCACCCUGGGAAGGGUCUGGAGUCUAAUAAUUGCAGAAAUCCUGACGGUGACACGAACGGACCUUGGUGUUACACGAUGAAUACGGCAAAGAAAUGGGACUACUGUAAUGUUCGAGACUGCGCAGAAACAAAAUGCGGACAGCCUGUAGCAAAACCCAGGCGCUGCUUUGGCCGGAUUGUCGGAGGAUGCACCUCUAAACCUCACUCUUGGCCUUGGCAGAUCAGUCUCAGGACCACCACCGGCCUGCACUUCUGUGGAGGAACUUUAAUUGAUGCCCAGUGGGUCCUUACAGCAGCUCACUGCCUCGAAAGAUCUAACAGACCGUCUGCCUACAAAGUAUACAUGGGAAUCCAUACAGAACGUGCAACUGAGGCCUCCAAACAGAUCCGUAACCUGGACAAUAUUAUAAAGGGGCCACCAGGAACAGAUAUCGCUUUACUCAAGCUGGAUAGGCCAGCUAUUUUAAAUGAUAAAGUGUCUAAGGUGUGUUUGCCUCAAAAAGAUUACAUCGUACCCAGUGGGACAGAGUGCUAUGUUACAGGCUGGGGAGAAACCCAAGGAACGGGUGGAGAAGGCAUUCUGAAGGAGACGGGUUUCCCAGUUAUAGAAAACAAAGUGUGUAAUCGUCCCGAAUACCUGAACAACAGAGUGAAGGACCACGAGAUGUGUGCAGGAAACAUAGAGGGAGGAACUGAUAGCUGUCAGGGUGACAGUGGAGGUCCCCUAGUAUGUUAUGGUCAGAACACCUUCAUUCUCCAGGGAGUAACAUCAUGGGGUCUCGGCUGUGCCAAUGCCAUGAAGCCUGGUGUGUACGCUCGCGUCUCCAAGUUCACUGACUGGAUAGAAAAACAGACGGGAAUCAAAUCCUGAAAACUUUCAAAGUAAAUCAACGGUUCUUUGUUUCUGAACUAAUUUUAAAGUCUCAGAAAUGAACACAAUGAUUUAUUUUUAAUUGCCUCUAAUUUUAACAGAUGGCAAUUUAUAUGCACAGAUUAAAAAAGAAAAACUUG